CCUACAAGAUACCCGUACCCUACCCGAUACCCGUACCCUACCCGAUACCCGUACCCUACCCGAUACCCGUACCCUACCCGAUACCCGUACCCUACCCGGCUACCCUGCUGCUGCUGCUGCUGCUGCUACUUGCUACGAUCAGCACUUGCCCCGACAGCCUGCUAGAGGCUACACGGGGGAACUUUGUGUCUACCUUCACAGGCAGUGCUGCUGCUGCUACUCGCUACUAACAGCACUUGCCCCCACAGUCUGUUAAGGCUACACGGGGUGUGGCGGUGUGUGAUCUGUGUGUGAUCUGUGUGUGUUCUGUGUGUGAUCUGUGUGUGAUGUGUGUGUGAUGUGUGUGUGGGGAUUGCAGAUUGUGCUGAGCGGGGAGAAGGCGUUCAUGUUCGACUUCGUGUUCGACCCGGCAGCCGAGCAGGAGGAGGUGUUUAGUAACGCCGUGGCCCCUCUCAUCGAUGGCAUUUUCAAAGGCUACAACGCCACGGUGCUGGCGUACGGACAGACGGGUUCUGGCAAGACGUUCACGAUGGGCGGCGCGUACAGCGGCGACGCCCAUCCACACUCCACCGGGGUCAUCCCGCGGGCCGUGCACGGCUCUGUUCCGUGGGGUGCAGUCACGUGACGCCUACGAGUUCGCCAUCUCCGUGUCGUACCUGGAGGUUCAACAGCUGCAGGUGCAGCUGCUGCAGGCUCGGGGUGGAGGUAUCGUCACGAUGCAGGGCGGUGGUGAGGGACAGGCCGCCAGCGUGCAGUCGGUGCUGGAGCGAAACCGGAGUCUGCACGAGGCCAACGCCCAGCUGAGCAGGGAGCUGCAGGUGUCUGUGGAUCACACGGCGCACCUGCGUGAGAAGCUCAUCCUGUCGGAGAUGGAGCGCCAGAAGCUGCUGGCGCGCUUUGCCGAGCUGAAGGAUCAUGAAGCGUGCCGGCUUGACAUCAUGUCCCUAGUGGACACGCAGACUGAUGAGGGGGGGCUCAGGCAGCAGCUGCAGCUACUGCUGAGUUUUCAGGAACUCGUCAAUGAGCUGGAGUGUCGCUGUAAAGAACACUGUGAAACGCUGCGUUGUGGCUGCAAACGUGCAGGAGUGGCGUGCUCUCGCCAACGCUGCUGCUGUGACCACCACAUGUGCAGAAACCGCAGCCACGCGUCUGCCCAGGGAGUCAAGGUGGCGUCGGAGAAGCUGGAGUCCUCCUUGUUGGACGACUCCCUCAAGAGGGACGACUCCCUCAAGAGGGACGAGCCCAGCGGAGUCGCCCGCCCUCCGGGGGAGUCGUUCUUCAUGCUGCCUGACGUCGCUCCAUCUCCGCAGGUGCUCAAGGAGAUGGGUGGCACUGGGCUGCUGUCUGCGCUGUCGGACCCCUCUCUGCCUUCAUCUCUGCUCACCAACGCCAGCCCCCCCGUUCAAGAGCCACGCGCCAGCGGAGGCAGCACCAGCGGUCGCACCAGCAGGGGUGGUGGUACCAGCGAUGGUGGUGGUGGUGAUGAUGAUGGUGGUGGUGGUGGUGCUUCUGGAGCUGGGUCACUCGGGGCUCAUGGCCGCCUGCUCGCCCGUGCCGCCCAUGUAACGUAGUCGCGGCGACGGCGGCGUCUCACACCUUGUUGUUGUUGUGUGUUGUUGUGUGUGUUGUUGUGUGUUGGUGUGUUGUUGUCCUUCCUCCGACGAGCGCAGUUUGGCUUGCUGCGUUACGGCGGUGCGAAAGCCGUUCCACGCGUACACACACCAACAACUACCUACACAACAACAACUACCUACGUACACACCAACAACUACCUACACAACAACAACUACCUACACAACAACAACAACAACAACUACGUACACACCAACAACUACGUAGACACACCAACAACAACUACGUACACACCAACAACAACUACGUACACACCAACAACAACUACGUACACACCAACAACUACGUACACAACAACAACUACGUACACACCAACAACUACAUACACAACAACAACUACGUACACAACAACAACAACAACUACGUACACAACAACAACUAUGUACACACCAACAACUACGUCAACAACAACAACAACAACUACGUACACAACAACAACUACGUACACAACAACAACUACGUACACACCAACAACUACGUACACAACAACAACUACGUACACACCAACAACUACGUACACACACCAACAACUACGUACACAACAACAACAACAACUA